AUGGCCUUGGAAUCCUCUUCGACUCCUCAUUCCAAGAUACCCAGGCCAGGCGUUGUGCUGGGCAGUGCUGGGAUCAGAAGUGACCUAGAGCCAGGCCUUGUCCUUAAGGACCUUGGAGGCUGGCUGAAGGCUGUGGGAGCACAGAGAAGGGGUCCUAACCACCCAGGGCAGCUGGAAGGGCUGCAGGCAAGGUUGGCCCUGGGCACCAGGGAAGACAUGAUUCCAAAGCUGAACUCCAAAGACCAGGAAGAGGGGGAAAGAAUCUUCGACCUGGAGGAGACAUUGAACAGACGCAAGAAGAUCCUGCAGGGUCUCUCUGAGCACUUGGCCCAGGCUGAGAGGCAAUGGAAGCAGCAGCAGGAUCUAGGUCAGGCCAGGCCUGAGGGAGCCUGGGCCCAGGAUCCUUCCUGCCAGAUCCUAUCCACCCCAGAGAGGCAAUCUCUCUAGGCCGCUCAGCAAGACAGGAGUUCAAGCAUUGAGCUUGAGUUGACUGGCACUGGCCACAGUUUGGACUGUGCCCCAGGGGAAGUGGGGAGGAGAGGACUGAACUGGGCAUCUGCUCCUUCAGGGGCAGAACCAUUUCUAGAAAGUGGAGGGGUUAUGAGAAACCCCAGGAGUGACCACUGUCUGGGGGAGGGGAGUAGGACCAUACUCGGGAGAGGGUUUUGAGAGGAGGGGGAGUCCAAGA